AUGCAGUCACUUCAUACCAUUCUUCUUCUCGUCCUGUUCGUCCUCUGUUCUUCCCCCGGUUCGAUUUUGUGUAAAUCCGGUCCGACCGACGAUCUUCAGAAUCUUCUACAGGUGAAGAAAUCUUUCGUCACGAAUCCUGGAGAAGACGAUCCUCUCCAACAAUGGAGCUCCGUUAACAUCAAUUUCUGCUCUUGGACCGGCGUCAAAUGCGACGAUACCGGUUUAUUCCGCGUCGCUGCGCUAAACCUCUCCGGUUUAGGCCUAACCGGUUCGAUUUCUCCAUCGUUUGGCCGGUUUGACAACCUAAUCCACCUCGAUCUAUCUUCCAACAAUCUCGCGGGCCCCAUCCCAACUGCUCUCUCCAACCUUUCUUCCUUGGAGUCUCUCUUUCUCUUUUCUAACCAACUCACCGGCGAGAUCCCGAGUCAGCUCGGCUCACUCGUCAACCUCCGCUCUCUCAGAAUCGGAGACAAUGAGCUCGUCGGAACCAUCCCGGAGACGUUCGGAGAUCUCGUCAAUCUCGAGAUGCUCGCUCUCGCCUCGUGUAGACUCACCGGUCCAAUACCGAGUCAACUCGGUCGACUCACGAAUGUUCAGUCCUUGAUCCUUCAGGACAAUCAGCUCGACGGAACAAUUCCGGCGGAUUUAGGAAACUGCUCCGACCUCAGAGUCCUCGCCGCAGCUGCGAACAUGCUCAACGGGACGAUACCGGCGGAGUUGGGAAAGCUGGAAAACCUCGAGAUACUCAAUUUGGCGAGCAAUAGUCUCUCCGGAGAGAUACCGAGUCAACUCGGAGAACUGAGCCAACUCCAAUAUCUUAACUUGAUGGAAAAUCAGCUUCAAGGUCUUAUCCCAAAGACUUUAACCAAUCUGAGAAAUCUUCAAACACUUGAUUUAUCGGCGAAUAAUCUCACCGGAGAGAUGCCUGAAGAAUUAUGGAACAUGAGUCAGCUUCUAGAUUUGGUUCUAGCAAACAACCAGCUCACUGGUUCCUUGCCAAAGAGUGUAUGUUCGAACAACACAAACUUGGAGCAACUCGUUCUGUCUGAAACUCAGCUCUCAGGUGAAAUCCCUCCGGAAAUCAGCAAAUGCCAAUCGCUGAAACAGCUUGAUUUAUCGAACAAUUCUCUCUCUGGCUCGAUCCCUGAAGCACUGUUCCAGUUACUCGAACUCACGGAUCUCUAUCUCCACAACAAUACCUUGGAAGGUACGUUAUCUCCGUCGAUAUCAAACCUCACCAAUCUACAAUGGCUUGUCUUGUACCACAAUAACUUGGAAGGCAAGUUACCUAACGAAAUCACCUCUCUCAAGAAACUACAAGUCCUCUUUCUCUACGAGAAUCGUUUCUCAGGAGAAAUCCCUAAAGAGAUCGGAAACUGCACAAACCUGAAGAUGAUCGAUCUUUUCGGGAAUCGUUUCGAAGGAGAGAUCCCUCCUUCAAUAGGAAAGUUAAAAGAGCUUACUCUGCUUCACCUUAGACAGAACGAGCUCGUUGGUAACCUUCCCGCCACGUUAGGUAACUGUCACCAACUGAAAAUCUUGGAUUUGGCAGACAAUCCGCUCUCCGGAUCGAUUCCUUCGUCAUUCGGGUUCUUAAAAGGAUUAGAACAGCUCAUGCUUUACAACAACUCUCUCCAAGGGAACCUUCCUGAGUCACUUACCAAUCUGAAGAACCUCACAAGAAUCAAUCUCUCUCACAACAACCUCAACGGCACGAUCCUUCCUUUGUGCGGUUCGAGCUCUUUCCUCUCGUUCGAUGUAACCAACAACGGGUUUGAAGAUGAGAUCCCUCUCCAGCUAGGAAACUCUCCAAAUCUUGAUCGUCUCAGGCUAGGCAACAAUCAGUUCACAGGAAGAGUCCCUUGGACGUUAGGCAAGAUCCGCGAGCUGUCUCUCUUGGAUAUCUCAAGCAACUCUCUCACAGGAACCAUUCCGUUACAGCUAGUCUUGUGCAAGAAGCUGACACACAUUGACCUCAACAACAAUUUCCUCUCAGGGCCUAUACCUCCAUGGCUUGGAAAGCUUUCACUGUUAGGAGAGCUCAAGCUUUCUUCUAAUCAGUUUGAUGGUUCUUUACCAACAGAGCUUUUCAACUGCACAAAGCUGCUUGUGUUGUCUCUUGAUGGAAACUCUCUCAACGGGUCAAUACCACAAGAGAUUGGUAGUUUGGGAGCUCUCAAUGUACUUAACCUUGACAAGAACCAGUUUUCAGGCUCUCUUCCUCAAGCUAUGGGCAAGCUUAGCAAGCUCUACGAGCUUCGGUUAUCAAGAAACAGUUUAUCAGGAGAGAUCCCUCUUGAGAUUGGACAGCUUAAAGAUCUUCAAAGUUCUCUAGACCUCAGCUACAAUAACUUCACCGGAGAUGUACCUUCUACGUUAGGGACGUUGCUCAAGCUGGAAACGCUUGAUCUGUCUCACAAUCAGCUCACCGGGGAAGUACCUGGCGCGGUAGGGGACAUGAAGAGUUUGGGAUAUCUCAACCUCUCUUUCAAUAACUUUGAAGGGAAACUCAAGAAACAGUUCUCAAGAUGGCCUGCUGAUUCGUUUACAGGCAACACAGGUCUCUGUGGAAGCCCUUUAAGUCACUGCAACAGAGCUGGAAGAGACAACAAGCAGCAACAAGGUCUUAGUGCAAAAUCAGUUGUGACGAUAUCAGCAGUUUCAGCAUUGGCAGCGAUUGCUUUGAUGAUACUUGUGAUCGCUCUCUUCUUCAAACAAAGGCAUGACUUCUUCAAGAAAGUGAGAGAUGGAAGCACUGCUUACUCGUCGUCAAGCUCUUCUUCACAGGCUACGAACAAGCCUCUCUUUAGGACAGGAGCUAACUCAAAGUCGGAUAUCAAGUGGGAAGACAUCAUGGAAGCUACAAAUAAUCUAAGCGAUGAGUUCAUGAUUGGAUCAGGAGGAUCAGGGAAGAUUUACAAGGCGGAGCUUGAGAACGGUGAGACUGUUGCUGUGAAAAAGAUUCUAUGGAAAGAUGAUCUCAUGUCGAACAAGAGCUUCAGCAGAGAGGUUAAGACGCUUGGAAGAGUAAGACAUAGGCAUCUUGUGAAGCUGAUGGGUUACUGCAGCAGCAAGUCAGAAGGAUUGAAUCUGUUGAUAUAUGAGUACAUGAAGAACGGAAGCGUUUGGGAUUGGUUUCACGAUGAGGACAAAACCGCGGUUGACAAACAGAAGAAGGUUUUAGACUGGGAAGCAAGGUUGAGAAUAGCAGUGGGGUUGGCUCAAGGAGUAGAGUAUCUUCAUCAUGACUGUGUUCCUCCGAUCGUUCACCGUGAUAUUAAAUCCAGCAAUGUGCUUCUUGAUUCCAACAUGGAAGCACAUUUAGGAGAUUUCGGUCUUGCCAAGGUCUUAACUGAGAACUAUGAGACCAACACAGAAUCAAACACUUGGUUUGCAGGCUCUUACGGUUACAUUGCUCCUGAGUAUGCUUACUCGUUGAAGGCGACUGAGAAGAGCGAUGUCUACAGUAUGGGGAUAGUGUUGAUGGAGAUUGUGACAGGGAAAAUGCCAACAGAGUCAGUGUUUGGUGCAGAGAUGGACAUGGUGAGAUGGGUUGAAACACGUCUUGAGAUGGCCGGUUCCGCAAGAGAGAAGCUCAUUGAUCCGAAGCUUAAGCCGAUGUUGCCAUUUGAAGAAGAUGCAGCUUAUCAGGUGCUUGAGAUUGCACUUAAAUGCACGAAGACUUCUCCUCAGGAGAGACCAUCUUCUAGACAAGCAUGUGAUAGCCUUCUCCAUGUCUUCAACAACAGAACGGCUGGUUAUAAGAAGCUGUAA